AUGCGAAAAUGCAACAGUGAAGAAAGCCUCGCUGAAGUCAUCGAAGUGCUGUACAACAGGUCAACGACCUGUAUUGUGAAAUGUCCAAUCAGCGGGCAGAGUGUUGUCCCACCGUGUGGAUAUAUUGUGGUCCUCGGACCGCCUGACUGUACCUUCACUCCACUCUACUACAAGACUGUCAUCGGCAUCACUCGCACAGCUCGCAUGAUGGCGAUGUUGCUGCUGUGGGGGCUCCUGGCUCUGACGUCGUCAACCUCCGGGCAGUCGUGGUCGCAGGUGGAGGGAAACUUGACCUACGUGUCAGUCGGCGGGGCAGGAGUGUGGGGGGUCGAUGCGGGGAAUAAAAUCUACUAUCGUGAGGGAACCUUCUUGAAACCAGGUGAGCUCGGCACAGGCUGGAAGAACGUUGAGGGAAGUCUCAAGCAGCUCGAUGUUGGUGCAAAUGCUGUCAUCGGCGUCAACAGCAACAAUCAAAUCUGGUACAGAACCGGCUUGUCAUCGUCUCAGCAGGCAGGAACAGCCUGGACACAAGUGGACGGUUCACUGAAACACGUCAGUCUGUCACCCAGGGGCGCCAUUUGGGGAGUUAACUCUGCUAAUCAGAUCUGGAUGAGGACCGGCAUCAGCAAGGACAAACCAGCGGGCACCGGGUGGCAAAGCGUGGAAGGGUCUUUGACGCAGAUUUCCGUAGGACCGUCCGGCGUGUGGGGCGUCAACUCCAACGACGACAUUUGGUUCCGUGGGGGCACGUACGGCGGCGAGGCCAACAAAGUAGGAACUGGAUGGACUAACAUUCCUGGAAAACUGAUUCACAUCACUUCCGGUUCGACAGAAGUAUUGGGUGUCAACAGGCAGAACGAGGUCUGGCGCAGAACCGGCAUCAGCGAAAGCAAUCCUACAGGAACCGGAUGGCAAAAGCUGAGCGGCGCACUCACCAUGAUCGAGCAGUUCGCCAGGGUGAUGCUGGGUGUCAACAGUGCAGGCAACAUCUGGAGGGCGCCAAUCAGCUAACCUCGCCUGGUCACGUGGUCUCUUCCAGCCCUCACCAGACCGUUGCUAUUAGCAACAGCCUCUGAAGCCUGUUUCCUGCUCGACUCUCUUAACGCUGCUCUAGUAUCUGAGCUUUGACCUUACAUACUGACUGUAGGUGUCUGAACAAAAUAAAGAUUUCUUAUCUUGAA